UUGGCAGAUAUUUUUGAAUUCAAUGUUGUUGAACUUUAAGCUAUCACGAUGCGAAUUUCGCACGCGGGUUUAUUUCCUGAACUCGCCCAGGCGACUUUUUGUACUAACGUACGUAAAGCAAGACUCCAUACGGAUAAUAUAAGCGAUGAGGUGCAGGGAAAGUGCCAAGCUAUUAUAGCGCGGGCUAUAUAAGGCUCAGACUAGAAAACGUAGCGGUUCAGUUAGUGGUCAUACGCCACGCUAAAAACAUACGCGAACUCGAGAAUGAAUAUCAAGAUUGCCAUCAUUUUGGUGGCAGUGGCCACUCAAGUAAUAUGCUCGAAGGAGUCGAGCGAGGCGAGUGACAGGAAUUCGCAGAAGGUCGAGGCGGAACCAACGGACAAGAAGACGGAGAAACGCGGUCUCGUCCACAGUUUUGGUGAUCUGGGCGGCGGUGGAGUCGAUCUGCACGGCGGCGGAGGCGACGGGGGUGGCUACGAUCAUCACGAGCACGUGAAGACAGUGACGGUUGUGAAGAAAGUGCCGGUACCGUACGAAGUAACGAAGCACGUGCCUUACCUGGUGGAGAAGCACGUGCCGUACGAGGUGAAGGUAGGCGUGCCGCAACCCUACACCGUCGAGAAGCACGUGCCUUACCCGGUGAAGGUGUUCGUCAAGGUGCCGGUACCGGUGCCGCAACCGUACACCGUCGAGAAGAAGGUGCCGUACGAGGUGAAGGUACCCGUGGACAAGCCUUACGAGGUCAAGGUAUACGUGCCGCAGCCCUACACCGUCGAGAAGCAUAUACCGGUGCCGGUAAAGGUGCCGGUACCCCAACCGUACACCGUCGAGAAACACGUGCCCUUCCCGGUGAAGGUAAAGGUGCCGGUACCACAACCGUACGCGGUGGAGAAACCAGUGCCCUACGAGGUGAAGGUGCCCGUGGACAAACCGUAUCCAGUCCACGUGCCAAAACCGUAUCCGGUAACCGUUGAAAAACCGUAUCCGGUGCCGGUCGAGAAGCCGGUACCGUACGAGGUAAAGGUGCCCGUCGACAAGCCCUAUCCGGUCUCGGUGCCGAAACCGUAUCCGGUGCCGGUAAAGGUGCCAGUGCCGCAACCCUAUCACGUGCACAAACCGUAUCCGGUGCCGGUAGAGAAGCCGGUCCCGGUGCCGAUCAAGGUGCCGGUAGACAAACCGUACAUUGUCGAGAAGGAGGUAGCGGUUCCGGUCGAGAAGGAAGUACCGGUACCGGUUAAAGUUCCGGUCGCCGUACCGGUGCACAUACCGAAGCACGAGGACUAUGGCGGCGGCGGCGGCGGCGGUGGUGAUUAUGGUAGUUACGGUGGUUACGGAGGAGGCGACGGAGGAGGCUACGAUUUUGGUCACUCCGGUGGUUAUUAAUCGCUUCACGGCUGAUCUUCGGUGACAAUGAAGCGAACAUGAGACGAGGGGCCUUCUCAUUUUCUCUCUCUCGAUGUGAUCGCGCGCUAUUUCGGUAUCUUUUCGCUGGACCGUUUUAGGAAAUCUCUUGUGGGGAAGAUCUCAGCAAUAAAAAUUUUAGUCGCUUAAAUAAAAAUUUUUAUCCCGCAAUUUGUCGUACGGAGAGCAAUAUGACAAUUACACGCGAUUAACGGGGGGAUGACCUAUUAGGUGUAAAGAUUGACGAGUUUAUCGAUUUUAUUUUAUUUUUCUAUUAUAUUAUAUUAUAUUCUCGAAAAAUGCAUCACUGUAGCGAUUAUUUCGGUCGAAAUAUUCUUAGGCUACAUGUUACGAUGAGAUAUGGGUGAAUCGAUUAUUCCAUCGACACUUUUCGCGGCAAUUAAUGGAUUGACACAUAUCUUCUUCUCUCUCUGAAAAGUCUAGACGAAUGUUCCAGGUAUAUAUUUUUGAGUUUAAAAAAAAACACGGGAAAGUACGUGUAAAAGUUUCAACGAACAUUAUUCGCAAUGUUCGCGGCGAUCCGUUAUGUUCGUAGCUGUGAAGUAUGUUUACCAUACUGAGAAAUGUUGUACUUAAGUUAAGUGAAGAAUGUAUUGUGAAAAGAGUAUCUUUUUAUAUGAAAGAUUUAAUAAACGCUCUUGCGCCUAUUA